AUGCCCAAGAAAGUGGGGCUCACAACCCAGCUGAGGCCCAUUAGAGAUGCGCACGGUGCCAAGAGGGCCGACAACACCUCAUGCUGCUUGAAGAGGAGUGAAGAUGGUAUUCCAACCAGUACCAUCAGUACAACUGUUUCUACAUCAACAUCAAAAUCUGUAACGGAAGCUGUGAACGCAUCAACUUCACGAGCAACAACAUUGCAAGCGUCAGUGCUGACAACAACUGCAAUCAGAGCUACAAAUGAGUCCAUCACAAGCAACUCCACGCCUUCUUCACCUAGUACUACACAACAAAUAACACAAGGUACAACAACGCAACCACCAGCAAAAAUGACCACUACAGCAGCAGAUAAAAGUGGCAGCACAACAAACACUACACAAGCAAGUGGAACACAAUUAGCACAAAAUGAGAGUUUGGAUGCUUCAUCUACUAAGGGAUGGUCUUUUUCUUCUACAAUCUCUCCACAAAAAACCACUUCUGCUCCUGGAACGUCAGGCCUUCAUGUGAGCUCCCUGACAGAAUCGACAACUUUUGGCAGUCCUGGAAGCAGUUCUGGAAACAAGAAAGUGCCAGAGAGUGCUAUCCACUAUUCCAGCGUUAUCUUGCCAAUUGUCAUCACCUUGAUAGUCAUUACCCUUUCUGUCUUCUCACUGGUGGCUUUGUACAGAAUGUGCCAGAAGAAAACUCCAGAGAGACAAGAGAACGGCACUGAACAAGCCCAAUCAGAUAAAGAAGGAGUCAAACUUCUUUCUGUGAAGACAACUUCUCCUGAGACUGGAGAGCACUCAUCUCAGGGGAAGAAUAAAACUCGGCAACUCUUCGCACCUCAGCAAUAA